AUGAGCCCCCGAGCCCGCCUCCACAUCUGCCUCUGGCUGUGGCUGGGUACCACCUUGGCACAUGGGCUGGGACAAGUGAGCGGCCACCUAAGGCUAACUGUGCUGCCUGAGGACCGGCUGCAAAUGAAGUGGAGAGAGUCAGUGGGGAGUGGCCUGGGCUACCUGGUGCAGGUGAAGCCCAUGGCAGGGGACUCGGAGCAGGAAGUGAUGUUGACUACCAAGAUCCCCAAGGCCACUGUGGGGGGCCUGAGCCCCUCCAAGGGAUACACCUUGCAGAUCUUCAAGCUCACUGGCUCUGGGCCUGUCCUGCUGGUACAGAGGGAGUUUGUGAUUGAAGACCUGAAGAGUAACUCCCUGGGCAAGAGCAGCCAGAGGCCACCAGGGGCAGCUCUGGAGCCCACCCCUUCCCACAGGGGAGCCCCAGAUCCUGAGCAGGCCUCUGACUCCAGAGUCACCUUCACCCCAAGCCAAGACCCUCCCAUUCUCGCUGGCCCUGAGUUCCGCUGCACUCCCCCCACACCCACUGACAUGGUCUUCCUGGUGGACGGGUCCUGGAGUAUUGGCCGUGGCCACUUCCAGCACGUCAAGAACUUCCUGGCCAGUGUCAUCUCACCCUUUGAGAUUGGGCCCGAUAAAGUCCAAGUUGGCCUGACUCAAUACAGUGGAGACCCCCAGACCGAGUGGGACCUGAACUCCUUCCGCAGCAGUGGGGAGGUGCUGGCAGCUGUGCAUGGCCUCCGCUACAAGGGAGGGAACACGUUCACAGGCCUUGCCCUGACCCAUGUGCUGGGGCAGAACCUGAAACCUUCAGCCGGUCUCCGUCCAGAGGCAGCCAAAGUGGUGAUUCUCGUGACGGACGGCAAGUCCCAGGAUGAUGUGCACACUGCUGCCCGCGUCCUCAAGGACCUGGACGUUGACGUCUUCGCUGUGGGUGUGAAGAAUGCUGAUGAGGCAGAACUGAAGGUCCUGGCAUCCCAGCCCCUGGACAUCACUGUGCACAAUGUGCUGGACUUCCCCCAGCUGGCCACCCUGGCUGGCCUGCUCAGCCGCCUCAUCUGCCAGAAGGUGCAAGGCCGGAGCCUGAGCAGGGCCCCAGAAGAUGCUCCGGCCCUGGAACCCCUCCCGGGGCCCAGCAGCCUGGUCCUGACCCAGAUCACCUCCUCCAGCGUCCACGUGUCCUGGACUCCAGCCCCCCAGCUGCCCCUUGAGUAUCUGAUCAUGUGGCAGUCGUCCAGGGGUGGCACCCCCCAAGAGCUGGUGGUCGGAGGGCCCGCAUCAUCUGUGCAGCUUUGCAACCUGACCUCCAGCUCCGAGUACCUGGUCUCUGUGCUCCCUGUCUACAAGGACAGGGUUGGCAAGGGCCUGCAGGGUCUGGUGACUACAGCACCCCUGCCUCCACCGCGGGCACUGACCCUGGUGACAGCAACACCCAGGACGCUCCGCCUGGCCUGGCAGUCCUCUGCCGGGGCCACCCAGUACCUGGUUCGAUGCUUAUCAGCCUCCCCAGGGGGCAAGGAGGAAGAGAAGGAGGUGCAGGUAGGGCGGCCUGAGGUGCUGCUGGACGGCCUGGAACCAGGCAGGGACUACCAGAUCUUGGUGCAGAGCCUGCGAGGGCCAGAGGCCAGCGAGGCCCGGAGCAUCCACAUCAGGACCCCUGCCCUGGCCCCACCAAGGCACCUGGGCUUCUCAGACGUGAGCCACGACUCAGCCCGUGUGUCCUGGGAGGGCACCCAGAGGCCCAUGCGCUUGGUCAGGGUCAGCUACAUCUCCAGUGAUGGUGGUCACUCAGGGCAGACAGAGGCUCCUGGGAAUGCUACAUGGGCUGCUCUGGGACCCCUCUUCUCCUCUACCACCUACACUGUUCGUAUCACCUGCCUCUUCCUUGGGGGAGGCUCCUCCACGCUGACUGGCCGUGUGACCACAAGGAAAGCCCCCAGCCCGAGCCAGCUGUCGGUGACAGAGCUGCCAGGGGAUGCAGUCAGGCUGGUGUGGGCAGCGGCAGCCUCAUCGGGCGUACUGGUCUACCAGAUCAAGUGGACACCCCUGGGAGAGGGGCAGGCCCAUGAGAUCUCUGUCCCAGGAACCCUGAGCACAGCUGUCCUGCCUGACCUGGGGAAGCACACAGAGUACGAGAUCACCAUCCUGGCCUACUACAGGGACGGGGCCCGCAGUGACCCUGUGUCCCUCCGCUACUCCCCCUCUGCAGCAAGCAGAAGUCCCCCCUCCAGCCUGGCUCUGUCCUCGGAGACUCCCAACAGCCUUCGGGUCAGCUGGACACCCCCAAGUGGCCAUGUUCUCCACUACCGGCUCACCUACACGCCUGCCACAGGCUCCAGACCUGAUCAAUCAAUCUCUGUGCCAGGGCCCAGGAACCACACCGUGCUCUCUGACUUGCUAGCUGCCACCAAGUACAAGGUCCUGGUCUCAGCUGUCUAUGGAGCAGGGGAGAGUGUGGCAGUGUCUGCCAUGGGCUGGACAGCAGCCUGCCCCACCCUCCACCUGGACAGCUCCCUCCCAGGAUUUGACUUGAUGGCAGCCUUUGGCCUGGUGGAGAAGGAGCACGCCUCUAUUCGAGGUGUGGCCAUGGAACCCUCAGCCUUGGGCCUGACCCCGACCUUCACACUCUUCAAGGAUGCCCAGCUGACACGGCGGACUAGCGACAUCCACCCAGUGGCCCUGCCGCCUGAGCACACCAUUGUCUUCCUUGGGCGCCUGCUCCCCGAGACACCCCGCGAAGCCUUUGCGCUGUGGCAGAUGACGGCUGAAGACUUUCAGCCCAUCCUCGGGGUUCUUCUGGAUGCUGGCAGAAAGUCGCUGACCUACUUCAACCAUGACCCCAGAGCUGCCUUGCAGGUGGCCACUUUCGACCUGCAGGAGGUGAAGAAGAUCUUCUUCGGGAGCUACCACAAGGUGCAUGUGGCUGUGGGACACUCCAAGGUCAGACUGUAUGUGGACUGCCAGAAGGUGGCUGAGAGGCCCAUCGGAGAGGCUAGCUCACCCACCUCUGGCUUUGUCAUGCUGGGGAGGCUGGCCAAGGCCAGGGGUCCCCGGAGCAGCUCAGCUACGUUCCAGCUUCAGAUGCUGCAGAUUGUGUGUGGUGACACCUGGGCAGAUGAGGACAAGUGCUGUGAGCUUCCUGCAUUGAGGGACGGAGAGACAUGCCCUGCCUUCCCUUCUGCCUGCACCUGCUCUUCAGAGACUCCCGGGCCCCCAGGACCUCAAGGCCCUCCAGGCCUCCCUGGGAGGAAUGGCACCCCAGGAGGACAGGGCCUCCCUGGGCCCAGGGGAGAGCCAGGGCCACCUGGACAGACAGGACCUGAGGGCCCUGGAGGUCAGCAGGGGUCACCAGGGACCCAGGGCCACACAGUCCAGGGACCUGUGGGUCCACCAGGGUCAAAAGGAGAGAAGGGAGACCAGGGACUCCCAGGCUUACAGGGCUACCCUGGCCAGCAAGGCACCCCUGGGAGAGUUGGCCUCCAGGGACCAAAGGGAAUGAGAGGACUAGAGGGACCUGCUGGCCAGCCUGGCCCCCCUGGCCCCAGGGGCUUCCAGGGCUUGGUAGGGGCCAGGGGCACCAACGGGGAACGAGGGCCUCCAGGAGCCGUGGGGCCUAUAGGGUUGCCCGGGCCCAAAGGGGAGCCAGGAGAGAAGGGCGAACCUCAGUCCCUGGCCACCAUCUUCCAGCUGGUGAGCCAGGCCUGUGAGUCGGCCAUCCAGGCACAUGUGCUGAGACUGCAGUCCUCCUUCCACGGAAGCACCAGGCCCCCGAUGCCCAUCUUGGUGGAGGCCGUGAAGCCAGGAGGGCAUGGCCCCCCAGGGUCACCCAACAGGCUCAACAAAGCCCUGCUUCCUGGAGAACAGGGGCGUGGGGGACACCACACUGAGGGCCGAGGUGAGCCCUCAGCCCAUGGUCAGAUGGGCAGCCCUGGGCUGCAGGGGAACCAGCCUCCAGGUCCCCUGGAAGGCACAGGACAUUCCUGGUGCUGCCCCAAGUAACCCUACACCUCCCACCCCGAUGGCGACAUUAAGCAGAACCUGUCCUGAAGAAGCCCAGGAGAACCUCAAGAAGAACCUGGGGCAGAAGCAGAGGGAGCCAGAGGCUGCGGCACAUCCAGGGCCUCUCUCUGUAGCAUUUCCAAGUUCAGAUAAAGGCUGAUUGCUUAUCCAUCAGCUCGAGGUGCCUGCUCAUUGCUGAGGCCGGGUCUUCCCACCCCACUUUCUGGCUCACACAAAACCCGGCCAGGAUUCCCACCCCGCUUCUCAGGCCUCCUCUAAGCUCAUCCUGUGGCCACCCCUCACCCAAGACAGCAGAUGCUCACCAACACAGUGGCCAG